GGCCCGUGUCGCGUGUGAGCGAAUGUGCCUUGUGUCCCGCCAUGUAGCGUGCUCCCGCCGCCGCCUCCGCUCUGGUUCGGUUCCAGCGCCCGGGAUGGGGGCCCGGCUCCCGUCCCGACAGGGGGGCUCUCGGCCAUGAGGGGAGCCCGGUACCUGCCGCUGCCAGCGUUUGCGCCGCUCGGGGAGUGGGGGCUCCGCCUCGCUCACUGCUAUGGACAGUACGAUCACCUUGUGGCAGUUCCUCCUCCAACUCCUCCAGGAACCUCAGAACAAACACAUCAUCUGUUGGACCUCCAACGACGGGGAGUUCAAAUUGCUGCAGGCAGAGGAGGUGGCCCGGCUUUGGGGAAUCCGCAAGAACAAGCCUAGCAUGAAUUAUGACAAACUCAGCCGUGCUCUCAGAUACUACUAUGUGAAGAAUAUCAUCAAAAAAGUGAAUGGUCAGAAGUUUGUGUACAAGUUUGUUUCUUAUCCGGAGAUUUUGAAUAUUGCUCCACUGAUGGUGGGCAGGAUUGAGGGAGACCCAGUGAUGGCUGGCUUUGCAGAAGUCAGCAGUGCUCCGAAGGACCUGGAAAACGGUGUGAAAGAGAAGCCCCAGACCUGUGCUAAAUCAUCUGGCCGCAAUGACUAUAUCCAUUCAGGCCUGUACUCUUCCUUUACCCUGAACUCCCUGAACUCCUCCGGUGUGAAGCUCUUCAGGUCAGUCAAGAUUGAGAGUCCAGCUGAGAAACUGGUGGAGAAAAAACCUGCUCAGGAUUUGACACCUUCAGUCAUAAAGUUUGUGACCAUGCCCUCCAAAAGGCCUGCAAUUGCACCGCUUGCCUCGGCCACUUCAAUUGUCUCCACUCUUCCUACAGAAUCAGAAGAAACUCUCCAGACCUUGGAGACCUUUGUUCCACCAAAAUUAACUCUCACCGAAGCUCCAGCCCCUUUGCCAAACUUCACCGCCACCUUCACCCCAACACCACCUGUAUCUUCCAUUUCUCCCACUCUGGAGGUUCCUUCCACACCCCCUUCACCACCCUUGAGUUCUAACCCUGACCUGGACAUUGACACAGACAUAGAGUCGGUGGCUUCUCAGCAGUUGGAGCAGUCUCAGAACCCUCAGCACCUAUCACCAGAGCCUAGAGAGCACGAUUUAUCUGUGCUAGAGAAGGAUCUUGCCAAUCAUCUCUCCAGAUCUAAAAAACCAAAAGGGCUGGAGCUAGCUCCCACUCUUGUCAUUACAGGCAGUGAUCCAAGCCCACUGGGGAUACUAAGCCCUUCUCUCCCUACUGCUUCUCUUACUCCAGCGUUUUUUUCACAGACUCCCAUCUUGCUGACCCCAAGCCCCUUGUUCUCGAGUAUUCACUUCUGGAGCACGCUCAGUCCAGUAGCUCCUCUUAGUCCAGCAAGAUUGCAAGGUGCUAACACCCUUUUUCAGUUUCCAUCAGUACUGAGCAGCCAUGGGCCAUUUACUCUGUCGGGACUGGAUGGACCCUCCACCCCUGGACCGUUUUCCCCUGAUCUGCAGAAGACAUAGCACAUGAACUCCUGGAAAGGACAAAUUGGGGAACAACGGAAAGAGAUGACAUUAAAUGUAAUCCAUUUUUAAAUGAGCAAUUUAUAAUUCCACCCACAUCAUGAACAGUCAUAAUUUUUGCCAUUCCCAGUUCAAAUGCCUUUUUGCAAAAUUCCCUCUUUUGAAGACUAAAUUGGGAAUGCACAUGGAAACGCCUUAAUUGGAGUCCAGGCUCCACAAUCUUUUCUUUGCCUCCUUGGUUAAGAAGUCUCUUACAGGGAGUUUCUGGUGGAAUGCAGUGACUGAGUUUGUAUUGAUUGCAGCAAAACAAUAUCUAUGAAGUCUCUCCUCUCUCACUCUGACACCUCCAUUCUUCUGCUUCCUGUGCUGGGCAUAAAGAAAAUAAUCAGGAUUGAAGCUGGCAUUCCAAGAAAAGGGUUUGAGUGCAGCUGUGCCCUGGGGCUAAUGAUAACUUCUCCUGCAACAACAAAACAGCAAAUGUCUCAUGCUAUAAAAACAUCUAAACUUUUUGCAGGGAGACAUUUUUAAGGAGUACUUAUGGUGGUAUAGGUGAAAAGCAGACCAUUGUUCGGAUAGUGUUGCACAUAGGUAAUCCAUCAGUUAUGUUCCCCUCCUUGAAAGGGGGUUGGUGAGCUCCCAGAGGCUACUUGUAAUAUUAUGAGCAGGCAGGGCUCUGAGAGAAAUGGAUCAUGGCAUGAAUAAUUUGGGGUUCUUGAACUGUUUGAAUUCUUUGGUAUUUCUUGAUGGCUAUAUAUACACACACAUCUCUGAUGCCUGAUAUCUGUGUACAACCUGUAAAUUGGCUGCUAGAGGAGUAACAAAUCAUGCUAACCUAGGACUCUCCCCACCUCCAUCCCUGGUAUUGGAUAUUCUGUGUGAGAUUGAGGGUUGUCUGUGUAUUUGGCAAACAACACUCUGGGGCUGGCUGCUGCUUGAUGUUCUGGUGUGCAGCUCAAGGGGAAAAAACACUCAAAUUCUCUGCUUUUCCCAGAAAUGAGGAACCAGAAGUGGAGAAUCCCCUCUGCCCAGCUCUUGUUGUCUCAAGUUGUACUUUAACCACCAUUGCUUUUUAAGUGGAAGAAGUGUUGGAAUUCAUGAAAAGUUGGGUUUGAUGUGUGCAGCUAAAAUAGGAAGAGAACUGUGCAGUAUCAACAGUAAGGUAAAAUCACGCACGUUCCAGGUAAACAUGCCUAUCUUUUGGUGGUGAGUAGAUGAGUGUGUGUGGUGGGGGGUUAAUAUGAGUGUUCUUGAAAGCCAUUUCACACUGAUGAGCUAAGACCAGCAGCUAGGACAAUAACCUCAAGCAGUCUUUUGUGGGAGAGCUGGGAUGUGAAAGAAGCACCUAAGACUGGGGGAUGUCUCAGGUGUUUUGCGGUGGAACUUCUGCCAUCCACUGUCAGGCAAUAACUUCCUCCUUGCUACCAAUGUAUAUGCAAUGAGGAUGCACUUGGAUAACCUGUCCGCUAGAAAGUGGACUGAAACUGCACUUCUCUCGGUCACUCUUACUUAGGGUGAUGAGAUAUUCCGAUUUUUAUAGGGACAGUCCCGAUAUUUGGGGCUUAAUCUUGUAUAGGCGCCUAUUACUUCCCACCCUGUCCCAAUUUUUCACACUUGCUCUCUGGUCACUCUACCCUUAUCAGCUGUUUCAGAAAAGAUGCUGAAGAUGGGAUGAGCAUGGAGAAGUGGUACUUUCAGAACAGAGUUGAGUCUUGUUAGUGAGGGAAGCUUGCAGUGUUACUGCUUUCAUUGCACCUGUCCUUAAGACAAAGAGAGGACUUUGUUCUCUAGAGCUUUCAAUCUGACACUUUUUGCAAGCUCUGAAUUUACUUUAAAGCAUGUGUGUUUGAGAACGCCCAAAACUGAAUGUAGUAAGAUGAAAGUAGUUUGUUAUAUUCCAGCACUGAAAUACAUACAUCAAUAUAUCAUGUAUCUUUAAUAUUUUACCCUUGAGAAAUGGAUGUUAGAGUUUCUUUUUGGACUGUUCAGCCAGAAAAUCUCUUGUCCCACGUGAUUUCAGAGGAAAGGAUAUCUAGCUUUUGAUGGGAGCAGAAGGGAGUCUGCUGCCUCCCUACCAGAUGAAGUUAAAGGCAUGUUACUAGUUCAGUUUUUGAACAUCAGUAGCUAAUAAUUAGGAAGUCCCAUGCCUGUGGAUCUCAAAAUGACAAUGUGCAAUAUUUACUAUUUUUAAGGUAGAAAUGCAGACAGAAAGCUGCAGGGAGUAAUUAAGAGCAGGCAUCUGGAAUUCUUUGGUUUGCAGGGUGGCUUAUUGCCUACUUAAAAAAAUAUAUAUAUAUGUAUGUAUGUAUAAUCAGUAGCACUUUGUGAUGGUUGUAUUAGGUUGGCUAGCUUUAUGCCCAGUAAGUGUGCAGACUGGAGGGUAGUAUUGUAGAAUGAGGAUGUCUUUUAAAAAUUUUUUUUUCAUGAGCACUAAAAAUUGCAAUUUGAUUGCUUCCCUUUCCCCCAUGGAGAAAAGCCAGGUUUUUUGUGUGUAAAGAUUGCACAUCUUUGAGUGUGUAUUGUUUCUCAUAUUUGUGUGUCAUAUCUCUGAGUACAUGUAAGCAAGAGAACCAAAUGCACAUGCAUGUUGGCGCAGACAUCAGUUUCGCUUGGUCCAGUUUCAUGUUCCCUUCUCAGCAGCUUUGAAGGGAUGCACUGCCGUAACUGGUUGACUAGUAACAUGCACCAUCUGUGAUGAUAUACAUUCACCUUCGUAUGGAUGAGGAGUUGUGUUCUCAUUACAGGAGAAUACCUUCUGUGGAAGUAGUUAACAAGAGAAGCUAAGUUGCAAAUGCAACUUGUGUGCAUAUGUCACUGUCACUUUAACUUCCUAUUUCCUGAUAGAUACCGUUGAGAACUAUUAUUGCUGCCCCUUAAUGACUGUGGAGAAAAAAAUUCCCACAUAUGGUUAAAUACUGUCAGGAGGUAUGUUUGGAAAGCAGUGGUAAUAUGAGUUAAAGAAGGGAAGCAGGUUGAGGUGGGGAAGAAGAGGCUUGCUAUGAGAUUAGUUUACAUAGCCUUUUCUCUUUCCCCUUCAUAACUUUUCAGGUCACUUUAAAAAAGUGUCAUUGUCUUGUGUGUAUGGUGCUUUGUAGUGAAAUACUGUAUCCUGUAAUUGCGUAUUUCCUACCAAGUACACAGCUGCCAGCUUUUCCGAUUGGCACAUUCCUGACAGCACUUAUUGCUGUGUGUCAUCCUCAGUUAGUUCAGAUUGUGUUUUGCAGAAGCUUAGGAAAUAAUGAAAGAUGGAUUCGUUAAAUUCAAGAACUCUUGCUUGCGCCCAAAACUUCUCAGGCUUCAACAACUGUGCACUUUUUGGCUUAUGAACAGGGUUUGCAUUCUGAAAGGCCUUGGCAUUCAGUGACUUUGCUUGGGAAAAGUUCUCUCUCUGCUAUGGUUUCACAACCUCAACAUUAUCUAGCAAAUAGAUUCUUUUUGGUCUUUUUAAAUUGAGUUUAACUGUAGUGAAGGCCAUUUGUAUCCAAUUCUAUGGUAUGUAUAUCCUCCUUUGAAAAGUUAAUGUGUUGCAUAAACCAUUACUUAACACGGGAAGAAUCUCUCAUGCAAUCAUCUUUCUUGCAAACUGCAACAAAUCAAAAUUAUAUACAAGAACUUGAUUGUAACAUCUGUGUAAUUCCACUCACCAGAUGAACAAAAAUGUAUAAUUCUGAUCUAUUUAUGUAAAGGUUUUGCAAUGCUGCAUUCAACAGUCUGCAGUUCUGACCAUCUGUUGGAUAUUUGCAGUGUUCUCAUAGCCGUGUUGUUUCCCAGGGCAUGGGAGAGACAAGGUGGGUGAGGUAAUGUCUUUUAUUGGACCAACUUCUGUUGGUGAAAGAGUUAGACUUUUUUGUUCUAUGGAGCUCUUCUUCAGGUCUUACCAUAUCUCUGUAUCAUCAUAUAUCUACUUUUUAGUUAUCUUUUUGCUACCAUUUUAUAGUAUUUUUAUAUGUAAUCCUAUUUUACUAUACAGCUUCAAAAAAUUUUCAAUUAAUGCAUAUUUGUUUACAAGACACAUCUCAAUGUUGUAUCAAGAGGCUAUCUUGGUAUGUGUCAAAACAAAAAAUAAACUAAUUCAGUAGUUAAGGGACAGUGUCACAGUUGACAGACAUUAAAACUUGAUGUUUGGGUUUGUGGGCAUCUGCAAGGAUUUUGCUUGGCAUCUUUCCUUUUCAUGCAAGAAAUAUACCUAAAUUCUGGUCUUUGAGACCUAGAGUUAUGUAUAUUUUUAUUCUGUAUUAAGAAUGGUGCCCAGGGCAUAAUAUGUCCAUUAUUGUAAAGAAAACCCAGGACCCACCAGCAAAGUUGAAAGUGCCAUCACUGUUGCAAUCCUGGUCUUUGGAAAGCUUAUUUGGCUUUGCUGUGAGCUAGUCAUUCUUGAUAGGACCUCUUUUAAAGGGUGGUGGUUCAGUACAGAUAAGUCUUUCAAGAUGACACCUUGUUUGUGUAUUCUUCUCCCCAUAAUCUGCUAUCAGCAACAAUAACUUAAUGCUUUGGGCACUACAGAGCAAUUGUAAUUGCAGGAAAGCAGCCUUGCAGUCUGCCCUGUGCAUCAACUGGUUUGCUGUUUAAAAUUUUUGGCUCUGUCUGUGGUGGUUCAUGAAGCAGAAAGAACAGAACUUUAUCUUCAGAUAACUGAUGGAGCUUGAAGUUAGAAACGCCAUGACUUUGGCUUGUGAAAUGAACAUAUUCAUAUCAGAGAACAGAGUCAAUGCGGAUCCUUUCUGGAGGACACAGCUUUGCUGACAGUGAUCAUGCUUUUAAAAAAGUGACACCAGGUAAGAAAACCAAGCAAAACCUGACAUUCGUUUGUGAACAUGCACACCAUUGUAAGUCUCCUUCUUUCAUAAUGUCAGUUUCAACUUAGGUGGUUCUACAAAAGCCUGUAGGUUAACUAGAUUUAAUGUUAAACUUAAUUCCGCCCCCUCUAACCAAAAGAAUGCUGUAGAACACAUUAACUGACUUUGAAGUUAUUCCAGUCACCUGGGUAAAUGCACAGUUUUUUCGCUGUUGAAGAUUUGUUUUUAUGCAUGUUAUUUAAUUGACUGGAACAGCUCUGAUCCCAUGAAUAUGCAUAUUUAUAUAUAUAUAUAUUUUUUUUGAGGGACAUGUUCACUUUUUAGACUAGCUUCCAGACUUGUAUCAUAUAAAUAAUGCUUAAGAUACAGAUUAAAAAUAAAUACUGCACUUGGCAGUUGCCACUUUUUAAUGUCUUGCACAUUUCAAUUAUUUUUUAAAAUAGAAAUAAGUACUAAAAUCUAUUGUGCCACAGUAUGGGCUGAUUGCUUGCCAAAUUUUAUUUUUUUAAAUCUGUCCUUGACAUGAUGUACGUCUCCCAAAAAGUGUCUUGAAUUGGUCCUUGAUUAGUUUUAUCCUCAUAGACCUUAAAUUUGGACACAGGUUUUAUUUUUAAAACUUGGAAAUAAAUAAUUGCCUCUUAGUUGAGACCUUGCAUUAGAAGGGUCAUCGCAAAGCAAACGGCUUAACAGCAGAACUCUGAACCUCCGGAAAGCAUAGCUCUUUUAACAGAGAUGCUGACAUGACUUUAAGUGGCAUGGCGUGGAUGGAGGGGAAAAAAGUUGGCAGGAGUUCUGUUGUAGUCCCAUUCAGUCCUUGAGCAAUACUUAAAGGAGCACUGUACUAAUAACUGGAAGCUAUUAUUGUCAACAACUUCACACAAGGCGGCUUUCUGAAUGGCCUUUGCAUGGUUUUUAAAACUUGUAGUGUGUGUGUGUGUGUGAGAGAGAAAGAGGAGAGAGAGAGAGAUGAUUAAAAGUACCCAAUUUUGGAAGUAGGUUCCUUGAUGUAUUGUGGGGUUUUUGGUUUUGUUAGUUAGUUCUGGGGAUUUUUUUUUUUUUUGGCUAGAAGUCUUAAAUCUAUAGACUACUGCUUUAUACAGUUGUGUUGACUUUGUUCUGCUAUUGUUCAGUUGCACAGAGUUUUCUAUAUGAUGUGCUAGAUUCUAAUGUUAAUUCUUUGUAACCAUUGUUGCGGUAAUUCUGUAUAGUUUAAAAAAAAAGUCGUCAUAUUCUAAAGUUCCCUUUUAAAAACUUGUAUUUUUAUUGCAAUUUACCAGAUGGCCUUAUAUACAUCACAUUGUUUGUGAUAGGUA